AUGGCCAGCAAAUCACCGAAAUGGUUGUCCAAGCUCUCGAAGCCAUUCUCCGAAGCAGGCCCUUCAUCUUCUGCCCCUUCCGAGGACAAUUCCGGACAGGACGCCCGGUCCCGGCGACGCGAGCAGGUCAGGAGGGCACAGAGGACGCAUCGUGAUCGCAAAGCAAGCUACCUCAAGAUGUUGGAGAUGGAGGUGGCCAAGCUACGGGCAAAAGAUGCCUCAAACGACGCCGAGAUCCAGGCGUACAAGGCCACGAUUCGUCGACUUAAAGAUCUGAUCAAACUUCACAACCUAGUCUUGCCCGACGAUUUGGCAUCAGACCCGCUCAUCCAAAGCCCUCAGGCCGCCGUCGAAUUAAUCGGAAUGCCUGAUCACCAUUCCCAGACUAUUCGUGCCCAGCUACCACAAGCAUACGCAUACGCCCCCGAAUACACUGCCGGAGCUAGCACGCUCACAGAAGGCGACAUAUCAUCCACGUUCCCACCGCUACAUCCUCUCACUUCGAACGUGGACCCUGAGGCCCUGGCUAACAUGAGUCUUCGCGACAGUGCCGACACAGGCUUUGAUCGGCUUCAGUAUAAACAACCAGGAGAGGGACAAGAUGUGGCAGACGUGUCGUCGACGGUUCCGCAUCCUCACGGUCUCGGGACAACUCAGAUAGGCGUCGAUUUCGUCCUUGGGCUCGAAUACGUGUGCCUGGAACAUCACGCCAUACACAGAACGGACAUUGAUGGCAGCGGGCACGAGAUGAUGUUGAUGAGUCCGAUAAUGCGGUGCUCGCCUCCGCUGUCGUCGCAGCCGACCGAGACGGGAUCCGGACUACCUGAUGGAACGAAGUGGACAGUGCCGGCGGUCGAAUUGGAGAAACUGCUUGAGUUCUCGGACCGCCUGAGCCUUGAUGGAGAAAUCACACCCGUCGAGGCGUGGCAGAGGGUACGCCUGCACCCAAAGUUCCCGGAUCUUACAAUGGCUGGACUCGAUGAUAUCAGGGCCAAGCUUGUACCUGAGGUCAAGUGCUAUGGCUUCGGUGCUGUUAUCGACGAGGCGUACUUUGAUUCCGUCAUUUCGCAGAUCAUGGGAACAUAUCAGGGCGGCUCUUCUUGA